AUGGAUCGGAAGGAUCCGAUGGAUCGGAUGGAUCCGAUGGAUCGGAAGGAUCCGAAGGAUCGGAUGGAUCCGAAGGAUCGGAUGGACCCGAAGGAUCGGAUGGAUCCGAAGGAUCGGAUGGACCCGAAGGAUCGGAUGGAUCCGAAGGAUCGGAUGGAUCCGAAGGAUCGGAUGGAUCGGAUGGAUCGGAUGGAUCCAAUGGAUCGGAUGGAUCCGAAGGAUCGGAUGGAUCCGAAGGAUCGGAAGGAUCCAAUGGAUCGGAAGGAUCCGAUGGAUGGGAUGGAUCCGAAGGAUGGGAUGGAUCCGAAGGAUCGGAUGGAUCCAAUGGAUCGGAUGGACCCGAAGGAUCGGAUGGAUCCGAAGGAUCGGAUGGAUCCGAAGGAUCGGAUGGAUCCAAUGGAUCGGAUGAAUCCGAAGGAUCCGAUGGAUCGGAUGGAUCCAAUGGAUCGGAUGGAUCCAAAGGAUCCAAUGGAUAAAUAG